AUGCAAGUGUUUGAGGAGGACUUUCCUGGUGUAGAGCACCGCUUUUGUGUGAGGCACUUGUAUGCCAAUUUCAAGCAGAAGUUUGGUGGAGGAACUGAGAUUAGAGACCUUCUCAUGUGGGCAUCCAAAGCAACAUACAAGGAGUUAUGGGAGGAGAAAAUGCAACAAAUCAAAGCAAUAAAUGAAGAUGCUUACAAGUGGCUGAUGACUAUCCCUACAAUACAUUGGUGCAGGCAUGCUUUCUCUUUCUACCCUAAAUGUGAUGUAACCAUGAAUAAUUUGUCUGAGGCUUUCAAUUGUACCAUUUUAGUUGCUAGGGACAAACCUGUUAUCACUAUGUUUGAAUGGAUUAGAAAGUAUCUAAUGAACAGAUUUGCUACUUUGAGAGAAAAAAGUAAAGGAUGGAAGGGUAAUGUGAUGCCUAAACCUAGGAAGAGGCUAGAUAGAGAGAUAAAUUAUAGUGGUAGGUGGGUAGCAACUUGGGUUGCUCAAGGUCUAUUUCAGGUUGAGCAUGCUGGUUUUGAAGACCAAUUCAUAGUUGAUAUAGAGAAGCAAACAUGUACCUGCAACUUUUGGGAAUUAAAUGGAAUUCCCUGCAGACAUGCUGUGUCUUGUCUCUCUGAUAGGGGGCUUAAUCCUGAAAAUUAUGUGCAUGAUUAUUACAAAAAAACAGCUUAUAACACUUGCUAUGAGCACAUUAUCUCACCAAUUAAUGGUGAGAAUAAAUGGCCAAAGCUCCAGCAAGAUGACAUCCUUCCUCCUGAGAUUAAAAGAGGGCCUGGAAGGCCAAAAAAAUUGAGGCGAAGGGAACCUGAUGAACCAGAUAAGAAGAACCCAACCAAAUUGAGAAGAGGAGGCAGUUCUUACACAUGUAGUAGGUGUCACAAAAAAGGACACAACCAGAGGAAGUGCCCCUUGCCUCCACCAUCUGAGGAUGCUCUUGAUGAUGGCCACAUUGAAGAAGAGAAUGAACCAGAGCAACAUGAUUUCUCACAGGUAUUUGAUCCUUCAUCACAAGAUGUGUCUCCUUCUGCUCCUUCAACACAAGAAGCUCCACCAGCUGCAAAUGCAAAUGCAAACAAUCAACAACAGUCACCUCCACCUCCACUCAAAGCACCAACUACCAGAUCCAGAAAUCAAGCUGCUGCUCCAGCUCCACCAGCUGCAACUGCAAUUGCAACUGCAAACAACAUACAACAAGCACCUCCACAUGCCAGAUCCAGAAAGCAACCUGCAGCACCCCAACCUCCACAACUAGCUGCAGCUGCCAGAGCAACAAAACCUGCUGCACAGCCCAAAAAACCUGCUGCAAAGCCCAAAAAACCUGUAGCUGCUGCUUCUAAUCAAAGAGGAAAAAAGAGGGGAGCAGACAAUGAGAUAGGUCAUUGGAUUCCAGGAGAACAUGCAAGUGGAAUUGCUGGCAAAGGGGAUAAGGGCAAGGGCAAGGCAACUGUUGCUAGUCAAGACCAACCAAAGAAGAGAGUUAUCAAAAGGAGAUGGAUCUGAAGAAAGUGAAGGUCACAUGAUGCUGCAGGACAACUUUGGAUGCUCAUAUCUGUCUUUUUUGUAAUAGUUAGUAUUAUUUAGUGGAAAAUGGGACCACAGCACCAUUAUUGUAAUGAAAUGCUUGGAUGACAUUACUUUCCAUUACUUUU